UUUAAUAAUAGUCAGUCUGUCUUGUGGUUUUGGUCSACCUGGGAAACAGCCCAGUUUUGUAUCUUAUCCAAGCUGCGMACWUCCCUUGGCAGAGCACAGGAGACSUUCCAGGCAAUUGAAGCAAGUAUAAAUCAGUGUGCAAAAGAAGCGAAGGCAGCUGACUUGGAUGAUCAAGCUAAACCUAGAAACAAAGAUGACAUUAAAACUGAUGAAGAAAGYGAUUUGACAGCAACUCUACCCAAAACAUUUGUGAGUCAGAUGAGGACUGUUGUGCUACUUCAUUUUGUUGAGAACCUUGAGAAACUGAUGUACAAUGCACAUGAUGGCUGUACUGUUGGCCUUCCAUCACCUCCCAAGUCAGUGCGUGUGUUCUUCAGGACUAACCGUAAUACCUGYCAGGAAUGGUUAACYAGGAUAAGAGUGCCAGUCAUGGAAGUGAGCCUGAGAUGUGGUAUACCAGCACUAGCUGUCUGGCAUGGUAUGCAGGUACUUCAGGAGAUGAAAACGGCAGGAAAACUUAAGGGUCCAGAGUUUGAGCAAACAGUCCUCCUGAUGUGUCAAGCUCUAUGUGCAGUUAGAAGUCCUCAGGCCAUUGAAGGCGUUAAAGCUUGGUGUGCCAAACAUGCUAACCAAGAGCUGGCAUGGGUUGAUGGUCUUAUGAUGAAAGCAAAAGGAUGGUAUGAAAGAUCUAUAGAGGAGUAUAAAAAGGCUCUCAAGAAAUCCCUUCCUAUUCCUAAUGGCCAGUCAGUAAAAGAUGACAAAUUCACUCCAACCACUGAACUCUCAUCUGUAGCUGUUCAGUUUCUUGUCAAUGAGGUGUCAGACUGUUAUGUCAAGCUGGCUGACUGGAAUGAAGUUGAAAAAUGGCAGAAAGAAGUGUCAAGUGCCAGGAAACUUGUCCAGGAAACAGAUAUCCAACAUGCCUUGCACUUGAAUGUUGAUAUAAACUAUAUCAGGGCUUUGAGUAGGUUUGAAGAAAAUAACUUUGAAGCAACCCAAGACCAUCUCAGACUAAUUCCAGGAAACAGCCUGAAUGCCAUGGCAGACAAUCUGAAGAAAUGUAGCUGGUCCAUCCUACCUAAACAAACAGAGGUGACAUUCACCCCCCUUUGGGACCUUGAAAAGAUCCACAUGGCUACAGAUCUUUGUUUAGUCCAAGCUGGUGUAAUGUAUGCCUUGUCAGGGGGGUCUGGCAGCAAGAAUAGCAUCAGAGAUGGAAAAGUUAUACAAGCUGUUAAAGAUUGUAUAAAGCAGUCUUCAUCAUUAUCAAGUGGAGCUCUGCGUGUAGGUUGUCUGGAUUGGCCACCACUUGUCUCACCUGAAAUCAUUCUACAAGUACAGCAAGCUGCAGUUAUGGAUGCCACAAUUGAUGCCUUUACUAAGGGUGAUUUCUUGCCAUCAGUCAUUCAAGGAGAUGGUUCAUUUACUGCUGAUUCCAGUCGACAUAACUGUGCCAUACUCAACCAAGCUUUGCUAUUUACAAACCAUAUCUCACAGCUGUCUUCAUUGGUUGGUAAACCAAGAGGUUCACUCACUAGUGAGCUGUCAGUAUUACAACUAGAAACUGCAAAACUUGCCAGGAAACAUGAGAACUUUUCCCUCGCUCAAAAACUGCUAACAAAACAACUAGUCAAACUAGGCGUGGUCGUGGUACCUGAGUCAGAACCUAACGGCCAGAACAACAUGAUAGGUUCACUUGUACGAGGUUUAACAAGUGUUUCAAAUGUUAAAGGAUCAUUACGCUUAGAGCUACUUAAAGCACAGAGGGAAAGUGCUAAGCUGGCUCACACUUUAGGCCAUACUCAAGAUGCUGUCGGUAUACUAUCAAGUAGUGUGCUUGAAUUCACUAAAGUUAGCGAAUCAGAUGAAAAUGUAAGGGAUUUGAAUUCAAGAUCACUGGUGACUUUAUCCAAGUGGCUUAUGAAUGAUAGGAAACUGUUAAUGUCGGCUACUAGGACUAGUAGUAAUGUCACACCACUAGUAGCAAAGAUCAGCUCUUUAUGUGACAGUGAAGAGGAGUUCUUGGGUUAUGGACGAAGCAUGUUGAUCACCAAUCCCAGUGAAAAUGAGUUAACAAACUUCACCCUCAAUGAUGAAAUGGUAUGGUCUGGAGGUACAAACAGUGUUGGUAGCGGCGUAGAUGACGUGGAGUCUGUCUGUGGACAACUGUUUCACCUUAGCAUCAUGCAGACACCCAACCUCGGCAAGGCGUGGUACUACCUGGCUGGAUGGUGUUAUCGUUGGGGAAGAAAGACAGUUGAGCAAGCAAGUUCUAUGGGAAAUGUUGAACUUCUUCUUGAGGAAAGAGACAAAGCUCUUCAAAGCAUGCCUAAGGGUGUAACAGAGGAAGAGAUAGAUGCUGUAUUGUCAGAACUAGGACAAGCUCACUCUACCGACAGCCUGGCUUAUGAUGAAGACAUCGGUGAUGAUGAUCAAUUUUAUGACAAUAGUAUGGACAUCACAAAGAAACUACUCCUACAAGCUUGCCCUUCUCUGCAUAAUGCUGACCCCAGUUGCCUUGAAGCUUUGCUAUCCAUAUGGAAAGGGGUUCGGGACAGACUGUUCAAGCACUACCACUAUGCAGCUAAAGCUUACUUUAUGUAUUUGAAGAUUGGAAAUGGGUAUGCAUCUCCUGAAAAGAUUUCUCCCGAAAGAGUUAAGAAAACAAAUAAAAGUAACGACGAUGGUAAUGUGACGGCUACUUUACGACUCUUACGGCUGCUGGUCAAACAUGCUGGCGAACUUAGAAGUGUACUUGAAGAAGGAUUGGCAAAUACACCAACAAGACCAUGGAAAGAUAUUAUCCCUCAGUUGUUCUCGAGGCUCAACCAUCCAGAGAAUUACGUCAGGCAGAGUGUAACUGAGCUGUUGUGCCGUGUUGCUAAGGAUGCACCUCAUUUGAUUGUCUAUCCUGCCGUGGUUGGCUGUACUGGAUCUAUUCCACAAUUCCUGAAUAAAAACAAAGAAAAUGAAGGACUUCUGCCUAUGCUUGUUGCCAGUAUUCAAGACAAGUCAACUGGCAACCAAGCCAGUUCUCAACCCAACCCAGAAACCACUGUGUCGACCGACAAAAACAAACAAGAAACUGACAGCUCUUUAGACUCUUGCUAUAAGACCAUAGUAGAAUCCCUUCAGUCCACCAACCCAAAGCUAGUCACUCAACUCCAGCAGUUUAUUCAGGAACUGCGAAGGAUAACGCUUCUGUGGGAAGAGCUUUGGCUUGGUUCGUUAAUACAAACUCACCAAGACGUACUGCGAAGACAACAACAGCUUGAGGAGGAAAUCAAGCGUGUUAAUAGUAACAUUACGUUAAGCGAUCAGCAGAAAAUGACCUUGAUUAAAGAAAAACAUAUUGCCAUAAUGAAACCGGUUGUGUUUGCUCUUGAGCAACUUCAAAAGAUCACCAACCAUCCCCCUGCAACACCACAUGAACACUGGUUCCACAAGACCUACAAAUCACUCAUUGAAAAUGCCUUGCAAGUCCUGCGAAACCCUAACAACCCCUCAGAUCCCAAAGCUAGUUGGGAACCUUUCAAACAGUUGGUUCAGACUCUACAAGCAAGGUCCCAGAAGAAGUCUUCCUACACUCUUGCCAUGAAUGCAAUUAGUCCAGUUUUGAACAUGAUGAAGAACACAGCCAUCUACAUGCCAGGACAAACACACUUUGGUGGAGGAAUUGUUACACUGAACUCCAUCAGUAACGAAGUCAAUAUUCUUCCUACAAAAACUAAACCCAAGAAACUUGUCUUCAUUGGUUCGGAUGGUCAAAGACAUACAUAUCUGUUCAAAGGACUUGAAGACCUGCAUUUGGAUGAGAGAAUUAUGCAGUUUCUUUCCAUAUGCAAUAACAUGUUCACCAGGGCUGACAACCAUCGAUGUCCUUUGUUCUAUGCAAGGCACUACUCCGUUACACCACUAGGACCAAGGUCAGGGUUGAUACAAUGGGUGGAUGGUGCUGUACCCUUGUUUGCACUCUACAAAAGAUGGCAACAGAGAGAGGCUAUAACAGCAUCUUUACUCAAGUCUGCACAGGGAGGCAAUCCCCCACCCCCUCCACCCAUGAAACCAAGUGAACUGUUCUACAGUAAGAUGACGCCUGCUCUAAAAGAAAAGGGCAUUAAAGAAUCUGAUAGGAAAGACUGGCCUUUGAGUGUAAUGAGAACGGUGCUCGAGGAGUUGGUGAAUGAGACUCCUACUGAUCUACUUGCAAGGGAGUUGUGGUGUUCAUGUACUGGAUCCCUUGAAUGGUGGCAUAUAACAAAGACAUAUGCACGCUCUACUGCUGUUAUGUCAAUGAUAGGAUACAUCAUAGGGCUUGGGGACAGACACUUGGAUAACAUGUUGAUUGACUUUACCACUGGCGAGGUUGUCCACAUCGAUUAUAAUGUAUGUUUUGAGAAAGGUAAAGGUCUACGUGUUCCAGAAAAAGUACCGUUUAGAUUAACACCAAACCUGGAAAUGGCUUUGGGAGUCACUGGGGUUGAGGGAAUGUUCCGUUUAUCAUGUGAACAAGUCCUUAAGGUUCUCAGACAUGGACGGGAAACUCUUCUCACUUUGCUAGAAGCAUUUGUUUAUGAUCCGUUGGUCGACUGGACCACAGCUAGUGACAAUGCUUUUGCUAGUGCAUUCUAUGGAGGUGGAGGCAUUGCCAUCACUGACACUAAGAACAACAAGAGAGAGAUGGAGAGAGGUGUCACACAGAGCUUGUUUUCAUCUAGAGUGGCUGAGAUGAAAGUCAGUUGGACAGCUAAUAGGGAUGAAAUGCUGUCGUGUUUGAGUACACAAGAUGAAUAUGGCAAUGAGUACAUCACAUCAGUCAGACAGCUUCAAUCCAUGGACCAUUCACUGGAAAAACUCAAAGAACAGCAAGCAACAUUACAGUCAGCUGUGAAUAACACCAACCAUCCACUGCACUCCCUUCAGGCCAAAUUUGAUGAGUACACCAAGCAGAAGUCUACACAUGACAGUGUUAUCCAGUCAAUCAAAGGCAAACUGACUGAGUGUAUCAACUGGCACUCCCAACACAAGGCUUCGAUGGAAAUGAUUCAUGGUCAACAGUUUUCUGUUCUUGUUUCUGAAAUCAUUAAGCCAUUGGAUGUGGGAGUCCCUUGCUUUGCUCCAGCUGUUAAGUUUCUUAAAGGUGCUGGUCAAGGAAACAUUGUAACUCAGUGUGAGCAGUUAGAAUCAGAGCUAGUUAACCUUCUUCACCAAAGAAGAUCCAUCCAAAAGCAGUGCCUGGACUUGAUCCAUACCUACUCUACAGCAACGUCCCUAUUUCCUGCGAACUACGUCCAGCAUAGCAGAACCUAUGAGUGGAUGUACUGGUUAAAAGAGCUUGUAGUUCAUUCUUCAAAACGUAUGUGUCAAGACAUCCUGAAGAAAAGCGAAAAGAGCAGCAUUGUAGCUGAUAAAGCUGAUAAUCCAUUGUCUGUAGCUGACAUGAACUCUCUCAUGUCCAUGGAAGUCAAACUGCAAAGCAAUCUAACUGAACAGAACAGCAAGUUCAUCAAGUAUUGUGAACGUCGCAAGCAGGAGAGUGUAGAGACAGGCUAUCUGAGUAAAACUGUAGAUGAAGCCCUCGGAAACCUGAAUAAGUAUGUCGCAGACAACCAACAGGGUGGGCUUUACUGCCUGAAUUGUGUUCUUAUUAAGGUGUUGGGUGCUCAGAGUAAGCGAUGUUUAGUGAUGGAAAAUACGGCGAAAGUUGCUGCAGAUAGACUGUCAGAAUUGACAUCUAGGGAUGGAGACUGGUUCUUGGAGGAACUUUGUUCUAUGAGUGGGAAUGUUUUUCAAGUGUUGUCGCUCCUAAAAGAUAAUCCACUGAUAAUAAACGAUGAAAAGAUACCAGUGACAGAAGAAGCUGACGAUUGCAUUCAAGCUGUAUUCUCAGUACACAAAGUCUUCACAGCUCUUCAGGAAUUGAUGGCUAAUUUUAGGAAUAUCAUUGUCCCUGAGGCAAUCAAAAGCCUUACUUCCAAGGACCAGAGUGUGUUGUCCAUGAUAGACUGUAUGGAUGACAUCGUCAAUGGCGAAGAGAGCAUACCGGCUUUGAUUACUUCAAUUGAGACUGAACUCCUAGAAAAUGGGAAUUUACAGAGUGGAGAUGCCAUCACACUGGAUUCUAAGAUAGCCAUUCUUUCUCAAACAUUUGAUGCUAUUCAGCAGACGCGACCUGGACAUGAUUCCAGUGAACGAAUGUCAGCAGGUCAAAUGCUACUUGCUGGAUUUAAUGGAUUGUUUACCAAGGUGGAAUGUGAGAUUGAUGCAAUGGUUGCUGCCAUGUCUCAUCUCAAUGCAAGCUCAGGCGGUCCAGUCAGUGAUGUUGUACAGGACGCCAAAAAGCUACAGGGAAGUAACAUCAGCAGUCAGCUAUGCAGCAAACUCUUCUUCCUCAAGAGACUUGUAGUGAUGGCUGAAUUUUUCAAAGACUGCAGACACCUUGUUAAGAACACCCAGGACCACCCAUCAAAACAUGUAGACCCAGAUAACCAGUCAUCGAGCCAAUCACGCUUCACUUGGAAUUCUGACAUGAGUUUUAGUGAAGACGAACUAGCUCAGCAGGUCAGACAGUUCAUUGCGGAAAGUGUGCAGAAGAGAAUCUUAGGAUUUCCAUCCCAGGCGAUGGGAGUUGUGGUUCAGAGGUACAUCAAAUUGAUGAGUAAAGAAGACGAUGGCAAUGACGAGGGGGGAAAUAUUGAAAAGGCUUGUAAGAAGGUCAUCGACUUGAAAAUCAAACAAGGUAUAUUCCAUAACAAGGUUUUCUCGCAAAUGAGUUCACUGACAAGCGCUUAUGACGUGGCUUGGAGGAAACAUGACUUUGCAAGGCGUCUGGAUCACAAUAUCAGUCUUUAUAAGGGCGUGGUGCAGAGAGCGCAGCUACAACUAGCAAGGUUUCAGUGGCUGUAUGAAGAUGAUCUUCUAAGGUGUUCAUUACGAGGUAACAGUAUGAUCAGUCCCUCUAAAGCAAGCAUCAUGGGAGAUAUGAAGAAACGAGUGCAAGCAUUAGUUCAACUUGAGCCAGCAGUAAAAGCUGUGGAAGAAAAAAUCGUCAGUCAACAAUCCAGCAUUGAACAGAGACUGAAGUGGGCAGCAGGGGCUAAUCCUGGACUUAACCCAGUUCUGAAGGAAUUUGAUAAAACAGUGGAAGACAGGAAACAAAUGCUUAAGAUGGAGGCCAAGCAUUCAUCUGACAUUGGUUCUCUGUCCAAUGCGUUGAUCCACUUUGAGCUGAUGCGAAGUCACUCAACUGAAGUCACGUCCCUGGAUAACACACUCACUUCACUUGUCAAAAAAUGUUAUGAAAGUUGUUCUGAGUUUGAGAAAUCACUGGAAAAGCUUCGAUCUAUUAGUGAAAUGACAUCUCUACUUCACAUCGCUUGUCCUCCUGAAACCCCAAUCACCCUCGCAUGGAUGAAGACAAGACUAGAAGCAGUAUCGCAGGAAAUAUCCUCUCACAAAUCGAGGAAAGCACAGGCCACUUCAGCUGUCUCGACUAAAAGGGAAUCGUUGAAGGCCCAUACCAAUGCACUCAAGAUAUUGAUUGUUACACAUCAGCAACUUGUAUCAGAGGUGAAAUCUCUUCUGACAACCAUGGCUAAGGACGAGGAUGCCCAAGAGUCCAGCUCUGCGGCCAAGUUGUUCAUCACAUCUUAUAAUCGCUUGUCUGAUGAUUGCGCUCAGCUUAUCAAAAGUACUUUGAACGCGUGCAACACCAAAGUAGAGAAUACCAGCAAGAACAACAAAAAUGGCGACAAGAGUGCAGCCUUCUACGACAACAUGCAAGAAGUGAGAACGUUGACUGAAUCUGUCACAUCUCUUGUUCAGUGGGUCCAUGAUCAUCUUUUGUCACUUUCUUCUCCACUGAUGUCAGAAGAAACGGGAUCGAAUGGAGGAAAGACACCCAUUGUUGCCCCACCGCCUACCUUUGCUUCUGCUUUACAGAAAGGCAGUGGAGGCGGCAAGGAUACCAGCGCAACAAGUACUCCACACAAUCCUGUCCAUAUACAGAAAGAUCAUGGAAUACACAGUCCGGCAGGGGCCUCUCCUAGUACCAGAACAGCAACAGCGGUUGCAAGUCCUAAGAGGUCUUCGUCGUCCAGUCUUGCAAGGGACCCAAAAACUGGAAAAGCGAUUCAACAGCGUAACACGUAUGCUAUUAGUGUAUGGAGAAAAGUCAAGGCGAAGCUUGAUGGUAGAGAUAUCGAUCAAACUAAGAGAAUGUCCGUAACAGACCAGGUGGAUCACGUGAUCCGUGAGGCUACCAGUCUGGACAAUCUCAGUCAAAUGUAUGAAGGUUGGACAGCAUGGGUGUAGUCAGUCAAGACAUGCUUUGUCUCUCCAUUGAUGGACAGCCAUCAAUCAUGAUGACGUAAGCCAUGACGCUAAGAUUAGUUGUCAAAUGUAUGUAGACCCAACGCUGGGUGGCUUGCUUGCUUAUUGGACCUUUCCACAUAGUGUGUUUGGAUACAAUAGGUCAUGAAUGGAAUGGGAGAAAGAAACUUAAUAUUUCUUAUAUUGUUUAGCUUUUUUCAUUUACCUGGAUCAUAUUUAUUUAUUUCACUUUCGUAAAUCAAAACUGUUCAAUUUUUUUAAGUUUCUCCUUCUUUUAUCCGUUUGCUAUUUUUGUUCUGUUGCAAUGAGGUUUUCUUCUCCGAAUUAUUUCACCGUUGUUAUAUGAAAAUCUUGUUAGUUAGAGAUUCUCUCCACCAUUCGUCAAGCGAUCAACCAGUACGAUCUGGUCGUUCAAUUAUACAUUAAUAAGCUUACUUGACUGAAUGACUUAAGUCUUAACAUUCAGCCAAUCAAAACAAGACUGUAUGACAUGUGAUAUUGUCGGGGGGUCCUCUAGAUUCGGAAAGUCUUCGGUAGGGUCUUAAAAAUUAUUGUCCAUGACAUAAUUUUUUAUAAAUGGUUGCAAAUAUUGGACAAAAAACUCGUGACGAUUCUCUUAAUUCAGAGACUUGUGUUGUCGAAAGACAGGUGAGACAUUGACAAUUUAUCGUGAUAUUUUCGGGAGGAUGUCGUAUGGACGUCGUGAGUACCCCCUUUAGCGCUCUGCAGUCGGAGAUUUCAACUCUCUCCAGGUCUCAUGACCGUGAAUUUGACCAUAAAAGAGUUGACUGCUGUACAGUUACAUCGCACUGUACUGUCUCCUUAUGCCAUCCAGGAGAACCAGGUCUGACUUGAAACUACU